AUGUCAACGAACCCUGCUCAAUCGCGGCCUACAAACCUCCCGCGUCGUUGCCUUUCCGGUAUUCUAACUGACUUCAAAACUACCGACAAUGGAAACGUCUCAGUCACUGCCACCAAGCCUGUCCUGAUAAGAAGGACUUUGAGCACAUUGUAUUCGGAUAAGCUGAGCAUCGUGGAGGAUGUGUACGACUGCAUUUCGACCUUUGAGGUUGAACCACGCACCCUUGCUCACGGAUUCGCUUGA